CUCACUCACUUACUAGUCUUUCAUAUUAGCUCCUAUUUAUUUUAUUUGAUUUGAUUUUACCUGGAUCAUGAAAUCAAUUUGUCAAUAGGGUAUAUGUCGAACGUCACAUGACCAAACUGGAAAACAUGCCUCAUUGCAUCCGCUUGUCAGAGAAAGUGUUAACAGCAGUAUGAACUGACGGCAUAUCUAUGGACUUUUAAGGUAAUCAGCGAAUCUACCUAGUUCUCAUUGUUACAGGUGUUUUAUUCUAUUAAAUAUCUAAACGUUAGUGUGAAGAAGAAAAAUGAAAAAAAGCUUUUAAAUAUCAAUCUGCAUAUGCGGGGGGCAUCAGUUAUGCUCAUCUUUGCUGGCUCCUUUUAAGUUAUCUUGAAUAAAACAGCUCAUUUUUUCAUGAAGCACCUACAAAAGACCUAAACCGGAAGCGAUCUGAUCUGUUUUACAGAAUACGAAAGUUAGAUUGCACAUAACCCCUAUGUUUAGUUUACAGAAAGAAAAAGAAAAAACAUCUUCCAUGUCGAGGAUGUUCUUAUGAAAGUUGACAUGAAAGUUGUUAUGGAGUGUGAUUAGGGGUCUGAAUCAAUGCGUCGUCUCAGCGGGGGAUUUCUGCACUCUAAAAGCGUCUUGUCCUGAAGGGCUGGUUAAUCCUACAACACUAGGGUUGUAAUGUUACCAAAUAACUCUUAAUGUUCACAAAGCCAAAAAUAGUUUUUGCCGUCCUCAGCUCUUUUUUGGGAGACGGUCUGCAGUGGAGGUCACAUCAUCUGCCGUGAGAUAAAGUUGUAGUUUUUCUCAGACCUCCCUGAUGUUCUAUCUAUACUCCUUUAUGCGGCUAUUUUAUCAGGAGUUUUUAUUAGAAUGUGGUGCUUUUUCUGCAGGGAAAAAAACACUUUCCGAGUUCCCAAGGCCACAGAAGGAUGAGUCUAGAAGAGAACGAGAUCUCCCUUUGAGUCUCACACGGACUCGUCCCUGGGAGGAAAGCAGACUCCAGAGUCUUAUCAAAGAUUUAAAAGAGCAGACAUUAACGUUCGCUAACUUCACGGCUACAGCUGUUUAUUAACAAAAAAAAAAAAAAACGUCACUCGGAGAAACAGCAGACGGUGUACGGAAGAGAUUCGUGCUGAGGACAGCAGUAUGAAUUUCCACGCCAGAAGAGUCACAUUGCCCGCUAUCACACCUCUCUGCCUGCAGAAAAGGGUAAUCAAAGUAUACAGUGAAGACAACACCAGCCGUGCAGUGGAGGUGCCCAGUGACAUCACUGCCCGGGACAUAUGCCAGCUGUUCAUCCUGAAGAACCACUGCAUUGAUGACCACAGCUGGACCCUGUUUGAGCAGAUCCCACAUCUGAGUAUCGAGAGAACCAUAGAAGACCAUGAGUCAGUUAUGGAGGUUCAGUCUGGCUGGGGCAUGGACUCACACUGCUGUCUGUACUUCAGGAAGAAUUAUGCCAAAUACGAGUUCUUCAAGAAGCCUCUUGACUUUUUCCCAGAGCACAUGGUGUCUAUAUCGAGUGAAACCAAUGGAAUCAUGAACCACUCACAACUCAUACAGACGUUUCUCAGUUCCAGCUCUUGUCCUGAGAUUCACGGGUACCUCCACGCCAAAGAGCAUGGCAGGAAAUCAUGGAAGAAGUUCUACUUUGUGUUAAGAAGAUCAGGAUUGUACUUCUCCAACAAGGGCACAUCAAAGGAACCCAGACACCUGCAGUUCAUUGCAGAGUUCAGUGACAGUGACGUCUACACGUUAUUAUCAGCCAAAAAAGUUUACGGCGCCCCGACAGACUACGGCUUCUGUGUGAAGGCAAGCAAGUCAAAUUCUGCACGUGACCUGAAACUGCUCUGUGCAGAUGAUGAGCAAACCAGGACGUGUUGGGUUACAGCCAUGCGCCUCUUCAAGUAUGGCAUGCAGCUUUACCAGAACUUCAUCCAGCCGUAUCAGAAGCAGAAGAGUUCUCCAAUGAGGAGCAUCUCUGAGAACUCACUGGUGGCCAUGGACUUCUCAGGACACAAGAGUCGGGUGAUAGAGAACCCGUCAGAGGCGCUGUCAGUGGCUGUGGAAGAGGGCCUGUCAUGGAGGAGGAAAAGCUGCCACAGACUGAGCUCUCAUGGUAGUCCGUCCGCCUCUCAGAGCUCCAUGUCCAACAUAGCCAUCCAUGUGGCUCAGCCGUGGUUUCACAGUAAACUGUCCCGGGACGAGGCUCAAAAAUUAAUCACUCAGCAGGGCCUCAUCGAUGGGGUGUUUCUGGUGAGGGACAGCCAAAGUAACCCGAGGACAUUUGUUCUGUCACUGUGCCAUACACAGAAAAUCAAACACUUUCAGAUUGUACCGGUUGAAGAAAACAGCGAGCUCUUCUACAGUCUGGACGACGGACACACGCGUUUCACUGACCUGCUGCAACUAGUUGAGUUUUACCAGCUGAACAGAGGCGUUCUUCCCUGUAAGCUCAAACAUCACUGUGCCCGCAUCACCCUCUAAGAUUUUCUGGACAUCAGCUUGUGCCUUCAACAGGAAACACAAACCGACUUUGUCCUGUAUUGUUUCGCUGUCCACCCUCUGAUGAGCAUUAGGGUCCGAACUCAAAGACUUCAGAUGUGUGUGUUUGAUAUGGAUGAGUAUUACUAAAGGCCUUUUGAGGACCCUAAUAUUCACCGAGGGAUGAUCAUCUGUGGUGCGGCAAUGUAGAUUGUAACGUAUAAUGUACUACAUCCUGACACAAACACUCUCAGUGUGGAUGAGACCACCUUAUUAAGCUAUCAAUCAAAGCUAUUGUUUAAUGGCAGUCCGUCUGGGAUUCUGUAUGGUGUGAACAAACUUAAGUCGGGUGCACAUGCUACGAUUUUUAUUUCAUUUAAUCUUGGGUAAAACAUUUCUUUCAGCAUGAAUAGGCUACACAAUUUAACCCUGAUUUUGUUUUUUGUUUUCUAAUUCAUUUUGAACUAAUUUUAUUAUUAUAUUUUUAUGUAACAUUUAAUGUAAUUUUUAUUAAACAAAAAUAU